AGCCACCCAGAAAACCGGGAGUGGAGAUUGAUCCUGUGGGAGAAAGGGGUUCAUCAUAGUGGAUGACCUGAAGCGAUUCCUGUACACAAAAUUACCAAGUGUUGAAGGGCUCCAGGCUAUCGCUAUGUCAGAUAGAGAUGGAGUGCCUGUUAUUAACAUGGCCAAUGUUAAUGCUCCAGAACACGCUUUGAGAUCUGGUUUUUUACCUACUUUUGCCCUGGCAACAGAACAAGGAAGCAAACUUGGACUCUCAAAAAAUAAAAGUAUCAUCUGUUACUAUAACACCUACCAGGUGGUUCAGUACAAUCGUUUACCUUUGGUAGUGAGUUUCAUUGCCAGCAGCAAUGUCAAUACAGGACUCAUUGUUAGCCUAGAGUAG